AUAGGGAGGGGAAGCCUUACUCCUUCGGACCAUCAGUUGCUUGACAUUAAUUUCCGGAGGCAGAUGCGCGACCAGCAAUUAGCAGCACUUGAUACUUUGGCUGGCUGUCAUAUGGUUGAAAAGAUGAAAAACAGGAUGAAAUCAGCAUGGGGCAACGACUUUUACAAAAUGGGCAAAUCAAUAUCGCCUCUGCAUGCGGCACUUGCAACAUGGGGUCUUGAUGCAGAUGAUAUUGGGCUAUCGUCAUUCCAUGGGACAUCCACGGAGCUGAAUGAUAAGAAUGAAUCUAACAUUGUCAGCACACUUUUGAAGCAGCUUGGACGAACGCCUGGUCUUCCUAUUCCUGUAGUGUGCCAGAAAUGGAUUCUUGGCCAUAUGAAAGGCGCAUCAGCGACUUGCUCUAUGCAUGGGAUUUUGCAGUCGAUGACGACGGGGCUGAUUCCAGGAAAUAGGAAUGCUGACAAUAUCGAUAAAGAUUUUGAGCAGUUUGAGUAUCUUGUCUAUCCAAGCAAGACUAUCCAUGUGCCAGCUGUCAAGGCCGCACUUUUCACAUCGUUUGGUUUCAGCCAGUCAAAUGGAGCAGGACUUAUCGUUCAUCCAGACUACCUAUUCGCAGCACUAUCAAACGAUGAGCUGGAUGAAUACAGGGCCAAAGUCGAUGAGCGCAUGAAGAGAUCGACCCGCUACUGGCAGGGAGCACUUCUUGGAAACCACACAUAUUUACAGACAAAGGAUGCAGCACCAUUCACGCCAGAUCAAGAGACAGCAGUGUUCCUGGACUCUAAUGUAAGGGCUAUAUUUGACUCAAAAACCAAUACGUACCACUUCUAAUACCGCUUAACAGAGUUCUGUGCGCCUUCCAUCUAGUUUUCAUUUACCAAGUUUAUGUAGAGUAAUAAACAUAGUCGGGAUCGAUUGUGUUUUAUGCGAGAGAAC